AUGCCUUACAACGCAACCGACUCGGCGGCGGCUUCGAGCCAGUCCGUCAAUUGGCGACCUAUUUCCCGGCCGCACGAGCUCCCACACGUCCUCCAGGACUCUCGCGAAUCUCUGCCCCAGUUCGAGAAGCAGGCUCGCAGGGAGUCGAGGCUCGGCCUGCGGAGCCUCUUCAGCCGCACAAGGAGCGUGCGAUCCUCCGACUCCCUCUCAACCUCCAACCAGGCUGCCGCGCCCAGUUCUAAUCGCGACAGCAUGACUCAAGGUAUCCCCUACUACACCUUGCCCCCCGGCAAGCCCACUCCCAGGAACGACACCCACCCGCUCUCCACAACCUUGGAGGACGCCAAGAUCGAUGCUGAACCUCCCGUGUCUCUGUCGGUCGCCAAGCUGCCCAAGCGCAAGACGGGCGGCGCCGCCGACACGGCACCAAAGGGCCACCCGAUCUCAUGGGCUGCCGCACCUCUGCACAAGGCCUACCCGCAGGCCGUACGGCACUCGACAUUGCCGGCCACAACGCUCGACGCAGACUACAUUGUGCGAUGCCACGACAAGACCGCAAGCUCACCCGCCGCCGCCGACGCGAGCGCCCUGCCGCCGGGCGACGACAAGGCCUGGCCCAAGAGGAGGAACCGUGCCAGGUCGGGGCCCAGCCUGUCCAUCGAGUGGACCAACAAGACCUAUGUUCUCGUCAACGCCGGCUACCUGCUCGAGUACCCUGCCGAGGGCUUCUUUGACCGUCCGCCCGACAAGGCCCUCCGCCUCACCAAGGACUCGGCCGUGUUCGCGACCGACAUGAUCCCGGGCCGCCAUUGGGUCCUCCAGGUCGCCUCGGCCGUGUCCCCCGACGGAUCCACCAAUGCAGGCGACAGCAAGUCGUUCCUCUCCAGGAUUCCCUUCCUAUCGAUGGCCGAGAAGGAUAGGCGGAGCGCCGCCGCCGCCAACGGCGGCGACAAGCAGAAGCCGCCCUCGUUCAACCUAGCCUCCAACAUUCUGCUCGUCCUGGAAAGCGCCGACGACAUGGACGAGUGGCUGGCCACCCUGCGUCGCGUCAUCGAGGCGCUGGGCGGCAAGAGGGUCGUGUCCGAGACGGGGAACCCUCGGACCGAAGUCGAAGACGACGACGACGGCGGCAAUAGCAACAGCAACAGCAACGGUGACAGCAACGAUCUACCGCUGCGCGCACAACCCAGCCAGAGGACGCUCGUCCUCGACGGCACGAGCAGCUACCUAGCCGACCACGAGCCCGCACAGCCGGCCUGGGAGCGCGAGCUCAUCCGCCGUGGCAGCGACGCGUCGGUUCCCAUGUCAGAGAUGCUGCGUGAUGAAUCCAUGGACGACGCCUCGGCCACCAACAGCAUCCUCUCCCACGACGGGCAGCGCCUCGAGAGCCUGCGCAGCAGCGCCAACCGCUUCUCGUGCGUCUCGUCCGGACAGCGCACCUUCAUCACCUCGGCCGGCUCGUCACCCGCCGGCUCCCCGACGCGCGACUGCUUCCUGUCCUCGCCCGAGGUGGAGACGGCGCCGCAGCUCCGUCCGGAACCCGAGCUGCGGCUGCGACCCAAUGCGGCUGCCAUCGCCGACCGACGCAAGUCGCAGCAGAUGCUGGGCCCCUUCGUCGAGCUGCAGCCGGCGCCCGGCGCCCGGCGCCCGCCGUCGCUCUCGCCCGUGGGAGCCGGUCCGGUGGACCUGAGCAUGUCCGAGGCUCUGUCCUCGUUCAGCCGCCGCUUUCCGACCCGUCUGCCCGGUCCAGGCGACACGUCGUACGCCUCCAUCCUGGCCCCCCCACCCGACAUCGAGACGCUGGCGGCCCGCCGACCGCCCAGGGCCCUGCACAUUGCGCGGCCGCUCUCCAUGGUGGAGGACCAGCCCUCCCCCAAGGAGGACGUGCCUGAGCGCCCGGCCACGCGCCACAGCGAGAUGCCCAGCCCCACGUCGCCCGAGUCGGUGCCCCUGCCCCCCUCCCGUCCGGAGUCGUGCGAUUACCGUGACGGUGACGGAGAGCCCGCCCUCGGCCUCGGUCACUCGCCCCUCGGCAGCAGCGGCAGCGACAGCAGCGACAGCAGCGGCAAUGCCGCCCGUGGGCACGCCGUCGGUCACACCGUCGAGCGCGAGGAGGAACAGCACGACCAGCCCGCGCAGGCUGUCGAGCAUGGGCACGCUCCGGAUGCAGAGCGACGGCUCCUGGAUGACGGUGCCCAGCCCGGAGUCGUUCAAGCUGCCGCGGCAGGGGCCGCGUGUCCACGAUGCAGAGAGGUGUCACUCCGCCAUGGACAUGUACGCGCGCAUGGACCAGUCCCCCGCGCACCCGUCCUCGUCCCCGUCGUCGUCCUCAUCGCGGGGGGUGCGGAGGAGGGUCAGCAUGAUGCCCAAGGCGUCUGCUUCGGCUCCGGCCCCCGUGGUGGCCACCCACAGGCUGCCCCCGCCCAGGCCCAUGCCGUCCCUGCCGCUGGUGCCGUCGUCGUCGGCGUCGUCGGCGUCGUCGGCGUCGUCGUCCAGCUCGAGGAGCUCCAGGUUCCGGCCGGGGAGCAGCACCAGCUCCAUGCUCCGGAAGAGCAUGCCCCAUCUGCUGACCGAGGGGCCGCCGCCCGGGCCGGCACCGACCUAUGCCCUGCCUCCCGUCCCGCCGCCCGGGCCGCCGCCGACGUCUGCACUGCCUCCCGUGCCCACGUCGGUGUCUACGUCUUCGCUUCCCCUAUUCCCGCCUCCGACGCGGGCCCUGCCUCCGUUGCCACCGUCCACGUCUGCUCUGCCUCGCAUCCCGACCAGGAUGACGUCUAA